UGCUGCUAGUGGUGGCGAUAAGGUUGUUACCCUGUGAGGCCCCCACGGACACGUUUCUUUGAGUUUUUACGUGUUUCAACUCGGCGUCCGACCGCUCCGCGUGUCAGGCCGAAGCUUGUGUGGUCGAGGAGCGGCAGACCCCCGCGGAACAACUUUAAAUCCCUCCCUCCCUGAAACUGAAGCUAAUUCGGACCAGGCAGAAAAAUAAGGAGGGGGGUGGGAGAGCUGGUAAUCCUGAGGGGGGAAGAAAACGACGGCGGUGGGAAAUGGCCACUCAGGUGGAGGCUCUCCUGCCCGGCAACCCGCUCGCCACAGCGGCGGAGGAGCACGGUAAAGCCCCGGACGAGGAGCCGGACAGCGGCCGGGGAGAGGAGGGGGCCGAGCGGAGCGUCACCAGCCCCGGGCAGGGAGGCACCGCCGAACGGGAGGCUGAACCGGGCAGCGGCGCCUGUGACAGCGACGACAAGCCGAGCGAGGAGGCCGGUAAAGGCGGCAGCAGGAAGGAGUUCACCGAAGCUCCCCCGCCCAAGGUGAACCCGUGGACCAGAAAAAUGAACGCGGUGACCGUGGUCAGCGUGAACGGACAGGCUCACACCGAGUUGACUGGACCCACCAAGGUAGUGAAAGCUGGGUGUCCGCCCAAAGGCAGGCGAGGAGGAAAGGUUGGAGAUUUUGGCGACACCAACAGUUGGCCGACUCCAGGAGAGAUUGCGACCAAAGACAUGCAGAUGGAGGCAGUGACACGGACCGUGUCCUGCCCGUCGACUCAUAGGCAGGUCAGAGACUCGUGGAGAACCAGUGGUCCUAAAAGGAUAACUGCUAAGAAGGAGUCGAAGGAGAAGAGGGAGAGCAUCGAGGAGAGCAAGGAGAACCUGAAAGCCAAGUCGGACGACUCGGGGGAGGAGAAGAACGGCGACGACGACUCGCAGAAAAACGGACAGAAGAAAAAAGCAGGAAACAAGCAGAAGUGGGUUCCUCUGAUGAUCGAGGUGAAGUCUGAGGGUCCCAGGGAGCGUUCUGCCUCCAGGAACAACAGUAGACAGAACGAACACCCCCGCCUGCCUCCCAACGCCAGGAACGACCUCAGAGGCCACUAUGAUUACCACUACAGCUACAAGGCCUWCGAUGCAAAAGACGGACCGUGCGGCCAGAAGUAUAACAGCUCCGUCACCUACUACUACGACAACAUGAGCAGCAACGACCUGUACUCUGUGGAUCAGGACCUGCUGAAGGACUACAUCAAGAGGCAGAUAGAGUACUACUUCAGUCUGGACAACCUGGAGCGGGACUUUUUCCUGAGGAGGAAGAUGGAUCAGGAGGGUUUCCUGCCAGUCGGACUCAUCGCCAGUUUCCACAGAGUUCAGGCUCUCACUACAGACGUCAACCUUAUUCUAGAGGCUUUGAAGGACAGUAAAGAAGUGGAGGUGAUCGACAUGAAGAUCCGUCGGAAGGACGACCCGGAGAAGUGGCCUCUUCCUGGUCUGAUGAUGCCCAACCACACCAACACAGACUUCUCCCAGCUCAUCAACUGCCCAGAGUUUGUUCCCAGACAGAUGUCUGAGGACCGUAAAGGCUCCUCCAUGUCCUCCACGCUGCUGCAGCCUCAUAACAAGACUGAACCAGAUAUCUCCAACCUCAAGACCAUGCCAAAGGGCCUCUCCGCCAGUCUCCCUGAUCUGGACUCAGAGUCCUGGAUCGAGGUGAAGAAGAGACCCAGACCAUCUCCAGCCAGACCCAAGGCCCCUUUGUUGCAGCAACCAAAAGAAAAGGACGAUUUACUUCAGUCUCCGACCCCUCAGCCUGGAUCCUCACCCACUCCUGUCUCAGCAAAUAAGGACGGCACAGAGCAAGACGAGCCGGAGGAGCUGGACUUCAUGUUUGACGAAGAGAUGGAGCAGAUGGACGGACGCCGCAACACCUUCACCGACUGGUCGGACGAGGAGACGGACGGCGAGCUGGACGACCAGGACGUCAACAAGAUCCUSAUCGUGACGCAGACGCCCCCCUACCUGAGGAAACACCCGGGGGGCGACCGCACGGGGCAGCACACGUCCCGCGCCAAGCUGACCAACGAGCUGGCCAAAGUGAUCAACGACGGGCUCUUCUACUACGAGAAGGACCUGUGGGACGACAACUACGAGCCAGAGUAUGCCACCAUUAAGCAAGAGGUGGAGAACUUCAAGAAGGUCCACCUGAUCAGCCGCGAACAGUUCGACUGUCUGACACCAGAGCCCCCCGUUGACCCCAAUCAGGAAGUCCCCCCAGGUCCCCCGCGGCCUCAGCAGAUUCCUACAGACGCGUUGGCGAAUAAACUCUUUGGCGCCCCCGAGCCCUCCUCCAUAGCCCGCUCGCUCCCCACCACCGUGCCUGAGUCGCCCAACUACCGCAGUGCCCGGACGCCCCGCACGCCUCGCACCCCUCACCGCAAGGACCCCGCCAUGACGCCGCGCUUCUACCCCGUGGUGAAGGAGAGCCGGCCCGUCGACGCCAAGACCCCCAGGAAGAGGAAGACUCGACACAGCUCAAACCCACCCCUGGAGUGUCACGUGGGCUGGGUGAUGGACUCCAGAGAACACCGUUCCCGCACCGCCUCUGUCAGCUCCAACGCCAGCCCGUCGGAGGGCACCCCCGCCCUGAGCAACAUUGGCUGCACGCCUCAAUCCCUCCCCAAGUUCCAGCACCCGUCACACGAGCUGCUGAAGGAGAACGGCUUCACGCAACACGUUUACCACAAAUACCGCCGGCGCUGCCUCAACGAGAGGAAGAGGCUGGGCAUCGGCCAGUCGCAGGAGAUGAACACGCUCUUCCGCUUCUGGUCGUUUUUCUUGCGGGAUCAUUUCAACAGAAAGAUGUACGAAGAGUUCAGGCAGCUGGUGGUUGAGGACGGGAAAGAAGGUUACAGGUACGGUUUGGAGUGCUUGUUCAGGUACUACAGCUACGGUCUGGAGAAGAAGUUCAGGCCGGACAUCUUUAAGGACUUCCAGGAGGAAACUAUGAAAGACUACGAAGCUGGUCAGCUGUACGGACUGGAGAAGUUCUGGGCUUUCCUCAAAUACUCCAAAGCCAAGACUCUGGAGAUCGAUCCGAAACUGCAGGAGUGCCUGAGCAAGUUUAAACGCCUGGAAGAUUUCAGAAUCGAUCCACCGAUGGAGGACGGGGGCCGCAAACGACACUCGUCCAGCGGAGACGGCCGGCGCCGACAUCCAUCGCAGCUCUCUAGCCGGCCCCACAGCCAGGCCAGUGGAGGCCCCGCCCCCUCCGCCACCCAGGCCCACACAGCCAAGGAUGUUGCCAAACCCACCAACCAGAAAAGCCCCGCCCCCAAAGAGGAUUCUGCAGCGAGCACUAAAACACUGAAGUAACUGCGGAGAGGAACACAGCGGCCCGCACGCUUCGACUCUUCAAGUUGCAGUUUUUUUUUCUCUGCGCCACCGGAGCGGGGCAGGGAGGGGGGUGCACCCAGCACUUCAUUCAGCCUUUCAUUGGAUUAAAACUAAAUCUUCAUCGUUUUAUCAAAUUCCUCCGUUUUAUUAUUUUUAGAAUUAGACAAAAAAAAUCUGGAAUGAAACAGAAGUUUGCAGAUCGGCACGUCAACAAGCGGACACCUCCCUCUGUCAUUACCCCCACCACCCCCCCGCUCACUGGCUGAAAAGGUUUUUGAUUCCCAGACAUUUCUGAGGUGGUCAGUCCAGACUGAGAGCAGGAGGCUGUGCUGCUUCUCACAUUCAGCUGGACCAGAGUGGUCCGAACCAUCUGCACCCCCCCGGCACCAUCAGUCAGGGGCUAACAGUGAUUACUUUGUGGCUGAAGUCUGAGGGGAAACUCUAAACCAACCAACUGAUAAAAGACUUGUUUGAACCCGUCACUUCAGCCUAAUGAUUGAAAGUUGCCUUAUUUUGAUGGUUUUACUGCUUCCAACUUGUGCUCCGCCCCCCCAGCCCCACCACGCCCCCCCCAGCCUCUCUGUGUGAACUGUCUUCCACGUGUCACUUCUGUAUGAACUGUGUGUUUCUGCUCGCAGCUUGUGGCUUUUUUUGUUUUGUGCUGGAAGCUGAUGGAAAUCUGUCGUCCUCCCCUCCUCAAACUAAAAAAGUGGAAGUGAGAGUUAAAGACGACCUCCUUCCGGGUGCUUCUCCUCCCGCCUUUCUGUCAGAUGUGCUGCAUCCAUCCGUUCAUCCAUCCAUCCGCUCAUCCAUCCAUCCAUCCAUCGUCAGCGACGCUACAGGACCGGAACCUUCUGGAUUACUUGAAGAGGAGGAUGGCAGCGAGGAGGACCCACACGCUCGAAGGAGGCUCAGAGUUCUCGAUGCUGAUUGGACCUCGCCGCUUCCUGUUUGGGCUACAGGUGCGAACACUAACAGGUGGGGUGGACGUGUUCGGGAUCGUUUGCUCGCUUCAUCAAGAACUAAUGAUAUCAGAGAAAAAAAUAACCUUUCCACUAACGUAAAUGUGAAUUAGACGGAUGAAGAGAAAUGAUUUCGGCUCUGCUUUGGCUUUUUGUUUAUAGGACACAUCUGCCUUACAUCUGUACUUUAACUUUAUUUUUUAAUGAUCUCUUUAAUGCGUUUUAAAUUGAAUUUGCUGUGUUUCUGUUACGAUGGAGGCGGGGCUUUGUGUCUGGARAGGGAAAGUUGACAUCUGGAUGAAAACAGGAUAUUUCUUGUAAAAUCAGAGCUUUUUUUCUUUGUUUUAUUAGGAGUGUUGCCAACAUGAGAACAUGGUUUCUGAUAAUU